AUGGUCAACGUCUUUAACGUUCAGAUAUUCUUCGUGGUCUUUAGAGAAUCCUUAGAAGCUGUAGUAGUGGUGUCGGUGCUUUUGGCUUUCAUUAAGCAGGGCCUUGGUGGCUCGUCCAUGGACCCAUCUGUCAACAAAAAAUUGAUCAGACAGGUCUGGGUCGGUGCUCUUCUAGGCGUUGCUCUUUGUAUUGUCAUUGGUGGUUCGUUCAUUGCAGUCUUUUACUCGUUGGGAAAAGACAUUUGGGCCAAGUCUGAGGACUUGUGGGAAGGUAUAUUCUGUAUGAUAGCAGCAUUGUUAAUUUCACUCAUGGGUAUCGCCAUGUUGAGAAUUAACAAGAUGAAGGAGAAGUGGAGAGUGAAGUUGGCACAAGCCUUGCUCAAGACACGCGAACCCGGUCAAAGUCGCUUCAAACUUGGCCAUCUUUCUACAAAGUAUUGUAUGUUUAUCUUGCCUUUCAUCACCACUUUGAGGGAAGGUUUAGAAGCAGUGGUUUUCGUUGGUGGUGUUGGCUUGGACAAGCCAGCUUCAUCUUUCCCUCUUCCGGUGGUUUGUGGUUUGAUUGCGGGAAUCCUAGUCGGCUGGGCCAUGUAUUACUUCGGAACGACUUCAUCCUUGCAGGUAUUUUUGAUCAUUUCCACUGGUAUUUUGUACUUGAUUUCCGCAGGUUUGUUCUCUAGAAGUAUCUGGUUUUUCGAGAUGUAUGUCUAUGCCAAAAGGACCGGAGGAGAUGCUUCAGAAAAUGGUUCUGGACCAGGAACAUACGAUAUUUCAAAGUCGGUUUGGCACGUCAACUGUUGCAACCCACAGAGAGAUAACGGAUGGGACAUUUUCAAUGCUUUGUUGGGCUGGCAGAACUCUGCAACCUAUGGCUCUGUCAUCUCUUACAACGUAUACUGGUUGGCACUUAUCGUAACCUUGAUGCUCAUGAUGUACGAGGAGAAGCAUGGACAUUUGCCAUUCUGUAAGACUCUCAGAUUGAGAGAAUUGAACCCAAUGUAUCAUCUCAAGGGAAAGAAGAAGCUUGAGUUGACCAACGCGGAAAAGCAAGAAUUGUUCAACAAGGUCUCGGAAUACCGUAUCACAGCUUCCGAGGAGGAGCAGGAGGAUCAAGAGAAGUCGAAAGAUAAUCACUCCAGCCCCGAAGUUGCCAUUAGGCGUUGA